AUGAGGCUGUGUUCAUUAUCGUAUCGUUCGUUCAAGUUUGUAAAUCUUGGUAGGCUACGUUACGCAGAGGGACUAGAACAACAGAAGAAAUAUCUUGAUAUUGUGAAGAAACAUAAAGUACAGGGAGAUUGCUUAAAUUUUCUUCUUGUGGUGGAACAUACUCCUGUAUAUACUGUGGGAAUUCGGUCAGAAUUAUACCCCGAAGAUGAAGAGAAUAGGUUACGAAGACUGGGUGCUGACUUUCACAGAACAUCUCGCGGCGGGUUAAUAACGUUUCAUGGUCCGGGGCAGUUAGUGAUCUAUCCGAUAUUUGAUUUAAAGCGUAUCGCUGCACGUCCCAUUGGAGUUCGACGAUAUGUAGAGAUGAUUGAACAAGUGCCACUAGCGGACAAAUGGGAAUGA